CCCGCGCGCGCGGGGCGGGGCCCGGCGGCCAACAUGGCGGAGGCGGAGGGGGAGAGCCUGGAGUCGUGGCUCAAUAAAGCCACCAACCCAUCUAACCGGCAAGAAGACUGGGAAUACAUCAUUGGAUUUUGUGACCAGAUCAACAAGGAACUUGAAGGGCCACAGAUAGCCGUGAGACUCCUGGCUCAUAAAAUCCAGUCACCGCAGGAAUGGGAGGCAGUCCAAGCCCUGACAGUGUUGGAAGCUUGUAUGAAGAAUUGUGGGAGAAGAUUUCAUAAUGAAGUGGGGAAGUUCCGCUUUUUAAACGAGUUAAUAAAGGUGGUGUCUCCAAAAUACCUGGGAGACCGAGUCUCUGAGAAGGUGAAGACCAAAGUCAUUGAAUUGCUGUACAGCUGGACGGUGGCGUUGCCUGAAGAAUCCAAAAUCAAGGACGCCUACUACAUGCUGAAGCGCCAAGGGAUCGUUAUGUUUGAUCCUGUGAUUCCUGCAGACAGAACCCUGAUUCCUUCUCCGCCACCUCGUCCCAAAAACCCCGUGUUUGAUGAUGAGGAGAAAUCCAAGCUUCUGGCCAAACUGCUGAAAAGCAAAAACCCAGAUGACUUACAAGAGGCCAACAAGCUUAUAAAAUCCAUGGUAAAAGAGGAUGAGGCUCGGAUUCAAAAAGUGACGAAACGCAUGCACACGCUGGAGGAGGUGAAUAACAACGUGAAGCUGCUGAAUGAGAUGUUGGUUCAUUACAGCAAAGAGGACUCAUCAGAGGCCGAUCGGGAACUCAUGAAGGAGCUCUGUGAGAGGUGCGAAACCAAAAGACGGACGCUGUUCAAGCUGGCCAGUGAGACAGAGGACAACGACAGCAGUUUGGGGGACAUUCUGCAGGCCAGCGACAAUUUAUCCCGUGUGAUAAACUCUUAUAAAAAAAUAAUCGAGGGGCAAGUGAUCAACGGUGAAGUGGAUCUCCCCGUGAUGGAAGGCAGUAAGCCCACAACUCAUCUCAACACCCUCAUCGACCUUGCUGGACUGGAGGUCACCAGCUCCCCGACGCCUCCGCUGCCUCCCGCCGCGCUGGCGCCGGCCCCCACGGCAGCCCCGGCAGAAAUCCCCAUUCUCCCGCCUCCCCCUCAGACGUUCACGCAGUUGCGGAGCAGUUCCUCCAGCCACGCGGAAGCUGCACCCGCGCAGCAGUGCAGCACAGCCAACUCCCUCUCCUUGCUGGACGAGGAGCUUCUCUGCUUGGGCCUGAAUGACCCAGCCCCUACCACAGCGAAGGAGACAUCAGAAAACAACCAGUGGAGCAUGUUUGAGAAUGACCAGCUAGACCUGGAUUUCUUUAAUCCGAAGACAGCGACUGUUGCUUGCAACGCUGCAGGGAACCCUCUUCUCCAUCACCCACCGCAGCCCCCCUGUGGAACCUCAGUGACGCUGCCCUCUGCCUUCACAGCCUCUCAGCCUGCUCCCAGCAUCCCAGCACCAAGCUCAGCAUCAUUUGUGUUCUCCACUGCGCCGGCAGGGCCUCCCAGGACUCUCCCAGCUGCUCCCGGGUACUUCAGCUCACCUGUGGGGAGCAGCGUGUCACACAAAAUGGAUGCACUGGGACACCUCCUUGAAGAAGCCAAAGGGCCUGCAGCCCAGGGCACGGCAACAGCCUCAGCGUUCCCUGGGUCCACUUUGCCAUCCACUGUCACCUCUGCCCCGUUAAUGGCACCAGCAGGGCUGCCGGCCACCGCCCUGGGAGCGCAACCGGCUCCGUUCCCAAGCAGCUGCCCCGCUGGCUCAGGGAGCCCUCUCUUCCAGCCGGCAUCGUUCCAGCAGCAAGGCAGCCCCAUGAGAGCACCUGAAAUUUCCUUGGCCAACGUCCAUGUUCCCUUGGAAUCCAUUAAGCCCAGCAGUGCCCUCCCGGUGACCGCCUACGACAAGAAUGGCUUCCGAAUCCUCUUGCACUUUGCCAGGGAGUGCCCGCCGGGCAGGGCGGACGUGCUGGUUGUGGUGGUCUCGAUGCUGAACACAGCGCCGCUGCCCGUGAAGAAUAUUGUGCUGCAGGCUGCGGUGCCAAAGUCCAUGAAAGUGAAGUUACAGCCGCCCUCUGGCACAGAGCUGUCUCCAUUCAAUCCCAUCCAGCCGCCUGCCGCCAUCACCCAGGUGAUGCUCCUGGCAAACCCGGCCAAGGAGAAAGUGCGGCUGAGGUACAGAUUGACCUUCACUCUGGGAGAGCAGCCCAGCACAGAGGUUGGCGAAGUGGACCAGUUCCCCCCAGUAGAGCAGUGGGGGAACCUAUGACCUCGGGAUGCUGCCAGAGACUUUAGGACAGGACCAGGAAAGGAUCCCACAGGGCCGGCAGGAACGCGGCGUGGGGAGGGAUGCACACGCUACCCACUGGUGAUGUUCAGCUUUGUCUACGUGUCCUGACCACUCUGCUUUAGCUUUAGUCUGGAAUGUUUCGCCCCACGGCAGGGGGUCCCGCGACUUUGAUGCCAAGCAUGAACUCAAACAGGCAGUGCUGGCUGCUUCUGUCUUGACCUGCGGGUGAGUCUGGUUCUCUUCCACUCUGAUAAACUUGAAGUUCCUGUGCUGCGAGGGGGGACGCGCGGCAGGGCCUGAGCUGGUGUGGACUGCACUGCUGCCCCGAGGCACCUACAGGGCGAUGAGCCGCCAGGAGCUCCCUCAGGGCAGAGCCCUCGCUCUCCCCGAGCCGCACCGGGCCCGCUCCGCAUGCUGAGCAAUAACACGGCUCCGUGAGGGAAUGCUUGUUUUUCACACCGAAAUGGCACUCGGCUCCCUCUGUCCCCUCCCUCCACAGUCUGUUCCCCACAGCCGAUGUACACAGGCCUCGCUCCCCUUUGUGCCGCGUCCCCAAUUGUAUUUAUUUCACCGCCGGCUGCCUCCCUCCCGCAGCCGCCUGGGGCAGCCGGGCCUGAGGUGACUCCGGUUAUUUUCCUGCCUUCGCUACGUUCCUUAGCGUGGGGAGAAGAGGAAAUGUGUGGGCAGGAGGUGAGUGGGGCUGCGAGGAGGGCGGUGGGGGUGGAGACACCGCCUGCAGUCAGGAAGGACUUUACAAGCACUGAGGGGGGGCGAUAGCUGCACCCAGGGACAAGGAGAGGUGCCCGUGUCCCCUCCUGCCGGCACCGUUACUGCUGAGGCCGGCGCUGGGCUUUAUCGAGAUGAUUCCACUGAAAUACAGGUUGUAAAUAACAGACGUGUAGGCUAAGUAGGAAACACAGACAGCGAGAGGCGAGCGGGCUCUGCUGGGCUGGUGCUCGGUUAAUGCCCCAGUUCAUUUGUUCACUGUAUGAAGUGGCCAAGUGCAAUCGUCUCCGUGAAGGGGACGGCAGCAUUGCCGGACGGCAGCGUUCUGUGCUAGCGGGGCAGAAGGGCCGAGCCCUGCAGGCACACAAAAACCAGGAUUCAAUCCCUGUGAUUCCAGCUGUCCCUCCUUCCCCUCUCGAGCAGCGCCCAGCCCAGAGGCCGCUGUGCACUAUCGGGGUUUGAGCGCCCACUGACACGAGCGCGGUCCUGGGUGCCGAGCACAGCGUUCCCAGCCGCGCAGCGUGGGAGCCGCCAGCUCCAGCGCCAAAGUCUGCGGGAGCAGAGCCCUGCGAGGCCUCCAGAGCAAGCACUGCUGGGGUUGUGGCACCUGUAAAAGCCAUCACUGUAAAUGCAGCUCGGAGUCACUCAGAGCGGAGUUUUCUGUAGUGUUGCAAAGUAAAAAUCAGAGGGGGGAGGCUCGGCAGAUCCCAGGGCCUGAUGGGGCAGCAGGCACAGAGGCCUCUGGAGGCAGAGUCGAGGUGCAGAGGGUGGGUGCGCUGUUGGGAUCCCUAAAGGGAGCGGUUUGAAAGGGCCAGACUGGGAUAGGGGUGAGGAGAGGAGCCUUUCUGCCUCAGCCAUGUUCUGGCCAGCGCUUCAGGCAGCUGCAGGGCAGGGGUGGUGGCGUGUCCCAAGGCAGCGGGUUUCACCGCUCUGGGUGCCCACACACGACUCUCACUGUGAUGCGCAGGCAGCCCUGGUGGAAGCAGGCCGCGGUCAUGCUGCGUGGAAAUGCGUCGGUAAAAGCUCUGGAAACUAAACUAUGAAUGUUCCUUGUCUGAGGGCAGGGGUCCUGCUUCCUUCCCCGCAACCAUGACUGUAUCCAUCUCAAAUGCGUUUGUUUGCUGCAUGUUCAAUAAACGGUUUCCCUACUUGGCUCUGCGGCUGCCC